CUCCUCCUUCUCUCUCCUCCGCCCCUCGCCGCCUGCAGCUCGACUACCACUCCGCGGCUCCUCUAGCCGCGGGCACCCGGCGGCUCCUCCCGGCGGCCGGGGCCGCUCGGUGCUCCCGCUGCAACUGGGCAAGGGCUGGCGUGGAGCAGAGGGAGGGAAAAACAGGAAGAGGGGGAAGAGGCAGCAGCCGCCGAGCGCCCCUUGCUCCAGCUAAAUCUGUGCUGCCGUGUCCAGGUGCUGGUGUCGCGGACGGACACGGAGCCCCCAGCCCGGCCCGCAGCCGCCUUGUCAUGCUACCCAAAGUGGAAACGGAGGCCCUGGGACUCGCCCGGUCGAAUGGGGAACAGGGGCAGAUGCCGGAAAACAUGCAAGUGUCUCAGUUUAAAAUGGUGAAUUACUCUUAUGAUGAAGACCUUGAAGAGCUGUGUCCAGUCUGUGGAGACAAAGUGUCUGGGUACCAUUAUGGACUUCUCACCUGUGAAAGCUGCAAGGGGUUCUUUAAGCGAACAGUCCAGAAUAACAAAAGGUACACAUGUAUAGAAAAUCAGAAUUGCCAGAUUGACAAAACACAGCGAAAACGAUGUCCUUACUGUCGAUUUCAAAAAUGUCUAAGUGUUGGAAUGAAAUUGGAAGCUGUGCGAGCUGACCGAAUGCGUGGUGGUCGAAACAAGUUUGGACCAAUGUACAAGAGAGACAGGGCAUUGAAGCAGCAGAAGAAAGCUCUUAUCCGAGCAAAUGGACUGAAACUGGAAGCCAUGACUCAGGUGAUCCAAGCAAUGCCAACCGACCUGACAAUAUCCUCUGCAAUCCAGAACAUCCAUUCAGCUUCUAAAGGCCUACCUCUGAACCACACUGCCUUGCCUCCUACAGACUAUGACAGGAGUCCCUUUGUGACCUCUCCGAUCAGCAUGACAAUGCCACCCCAUGGCAGUUUGCAAGGCUACCAAACCUAUGGCCAUUUUCCAAGCCGUGCUAUCAAGUCCGAGUACCCUGACCCUUACACUAGCUCACCAGAGUCAAUAAUGGGCUACUCAUACAUGGAUAGUUAUCAAACAAGCUCACCAGCAAGUAUCCCACAUCUGAUAUUGGAACUCCUGAAAUGUGAGCCUGAUGAGCCACAAGUCCAAGCUAAAAUCAUGGCAUAUCUGCAGCAAGAGCAAGCCAACAGAAGCAAACAUGAGAAGCUCAACACUUUCGGGCUUAUGUGUAAAAUGGCUGACCAAACCCUCUUCUCCAUUGUUGAGUGGGCGAGGAGUAGCAUCUUCUUUAGAGAACUUAAGGUUGAUGACCAAAUGAAGUUGCUUCAGAACUGCUGGAGCGAACUCUUAAUUCUGGAUCACAUUUACCGGCAAGUGGUACAUGGGAAAGAAGGCUCCAUCCUUCUGGUUACUGGGCAACAAGUGGAUUAUUCUGUAAUAGCAUCCCAAGCUGGAGCCACCCUCAACAAUCUUAUGAGCCAUGCACAAGAACUGGUAGCAAAGCUUCGCUCGCUGCAGUUUGACCUACGAGAAUUUGUCUGUCUCAAAUUCCUGGUGCUGUUUAGUUUAGAUGUCAAAAAUCUCGAGAACUUCCAGCUUGUGGAAGGUGUUCAGGAACAAGUGAAUGCUGCUCUGCUGGACUACACCAUGUGUAAUUACCCACAGCAAACAGACAAAUUUGGGCAGCUUCUCCUGCGACUACCAGAAAUCCGGGCCAUCAGUAUGCAGGCUGAAGAAUACCUCUACUACAAACACCUGAACGGGGAUGUGCCGUGUAAUAACCUUCUCAUUGAGAUGCUGCAUGCAAAGAGAGCAUAAAUUAUACCCAUUAGAGCUUCUGCUUUCAAGGAAAAGAAAUUAUUCUGAACUGCUCCAAGCAACACUAAUUAAAACGUGGUUUUAAGACUUUGCAAAAUGGUAUAAUAAUCAAAUACUAAUAGUAAAUAAGUGAUGUAUCAGGGUAUUUGUAUUGCAAACUGUGAAUCAUAUGCUACACAUCCCCAAAGGAAUCUAUAUAGAACUUUAUCCUGGAGUGAACUUACCAAGUGGAUACCAUCACCAGUGUCAUGAAAAAAAAGGACAGAAUGAUCGUUGUAUAUUUAACUCUGCUGAUUGCCAACAUGAAGAAACCUAGGUGAAAAAAAACCUGAUCUGUAUUAUUGAGCUAAGAUGGUGGGGAAUUUGAGUGCACUAAAUUCCUUCACUGCAUAGAAGGACUCGUAAAACAGUUACAACAGAUGCAAAACUGCAUCUACAGCAUCUUCUGUCAUCCUUACAGGGACCCAACACUUACUUCUUCUGUGCUAAAUGAUGUGGCAUCCAUUGAACAAGCUGUAAGAGAGAGCUGGCCUCGGCCACACGCUGGUGCUGCGGCCACCAAACCCUCGGAGCCGGGCCUGCCGGUGGGGCCUGCGAACGGCUCCCAGGAAGAGUCUGGGAUCCAGUUAGCUUGGCACUCUUAACUGUGUUCUGAAGUUUGUUUUGUCACGUGUUCAUGUUGUUCUACCAGGCAGUAUCCCUCUUCUACUGCUCUUAUCAGACAGCUGUUAAGCAGCUAAGGAAAUAUUCCAAGUUAAAUUAGCCAAUUCAACUGCAUAUUCAACCAGCUGCUAAAAGAUGGCUCCACUAUAUAUUCAUGGCUGUUUCCAAAUAAAGGAAAUAGAGAUAUUUCAGCCAUCCCAAACAACACUUUCUUUGACAAGAAAACAGAAGUUAGAACACCUAAUACUGGUGUUAAAAAACUAAAAAUAAAUUUUUAAAACAAUUUGUGAUAAAAGAAGUGACAAGGGAAUUGUGCAACUGGAUGAUGCCACAGAGCUUAUUAAGAAAUGAUCUUUAAAAUUGCCAUUAAUUUGGAAACUAAAUUUCAACUCAAACAUCCAAUACCUAAUGAAACUUCCUGUUUUCAAACUUAGGUAAUAUACCUGUUUUACGCAAAGAAAGAAGAGUGAUACUGCUGUGUCUAUGUAGGCCAAAGUCUGCUGCAGAACAAAUAUUAGAAAAGAACAAACACUUCUCUCUCUGUCCAAAUGAAGAUAUCAGUAUUAACAUGUAGUGCCACAUUUAUAAGUCUUGCCUUAUUUCAUUAUCCUUAAAGGUUACUGCGCAGGUGUAGAUCAACAUACAUUUCAAAAUAAAGUAUUAAUCUCUAGCAUUAACAAAAACAUAGUGUUUACAUUCUUUAGGUCCUGUGGGGAAAAACUGUGAUAAAAUUGCAGAGCAGUGAUUUCCUUAUUAUUUCUUUUAAAUUGGUAAUUAUUUUACCAGUACUUAAUUACUGUAUGUCGUGAGACACUAAAAUCAAUAGGGGUAUUUCAUUUUUACUUUAAUUUUUGAGAUUAUUGGCUGCACAAUCACUUGUAGAAACUGUAUAAAAUCCUAAUACUUUAAUUUUUUUUUCAUGAAGAUUGCUGGCUUUUGAAUAGUUUAUUUAUAUUGUAUAUGAUAGUUUUCACUGUAGACAAUUAUGAUGCUAAUUUAUUGUUCUUUGGUUUCAUCUUUAUAUAAGAUAUAGCCAGAAUGAAGAAGCCAAAUAUAUGUGUUUACUGUAGCAUGUCUUCAAGUUAGUGGAACAUAGUUCAGGGACACAGAAGGGUCUUUACAAAUUAAAAUCAUUCACUUGAUUAAAUGUCUGUAAAUCUUCAUAAUCCUAAAUGUAGUUUAUUUAAAUCUAUUGUAAAUUAUGUGAGUUGUAACUUUUUCUGUUUCAUGUGAACUUGAAAAGGUGCAUUUCUCUCACUUUUGUCCAACCAUUCAUACAUUGUAUACCAAAGACAUCAGUUAUUACAUCGGCAUUAGUACGAAGCACACGAUUUUAAUUGCCUGUAUUAAUCAGCUCUAAUAUUCUGUCCAUGCAUAGGGUACCAACACAGCAAACAAAGCCAAGUGUCUGCAACUCCUACAUGCCUGUCUGUUACUGUCCUACAGACCUUGAGAAACCCAGCACAGCCCCUCAGCAUCCCCCAGGGCAGAUGGAAGCAUUAUUUAAAUACCAGUGCUCUCCCUCAAACAAACGAACUUAACACUAAAGUGCAGGUGCCGAUUGACGGUGGCUGUGAAAUACACGAACAAGAUAAGUGUGGUCAUUCUUUCCUUUCAGAAAGAAAAGCAAAGCAUUAAUUCAAGUGUUUGCAUUCUGUAUUUUCUCUUUUUUUUUCUGUUGAAAUGCUACAGUGAACUUCACUGAAUAUUAAGGAAAAAGCUGAAAAAAUAUUGCUAAAUAUUCAUAGCACCAUUAUCCAUCUACAGGACAGAAGAAUUAAAAUAAGAAUGUAGAAGAAAGGAACAGUUUAGGUUCAUGAAAAUGGUUUCAGAUAAUCAAACAUAUAUUUGCCCACAUGAGGGGUUCCAAGAAUCCCAUCGUAUUGCCCGAAGUACACGAACAAAACAAAACAAACCAAACCACAAAAAGAACCCGUUCAUGUUAAUUGUUAACUACUUUGCAACCAAGCAUUUUCUUCUGACUGCCUUAUUGAUUACAGGAUAUAUUAGUAAAAGCAGACUAAAAUUCAAAAAGUUUAGCUUUGGCUGGUUUAUUAUAGUUGUUCUGUGUUUGUAAACAGACAAUCUGUAAAGUCUGAUUAUUUGUAUUACAGAUGUUCUGCAGCUGCCUUGGAUUUAAAUCCAUGCAACUCUUAGAAUGUGCAGUGAGUUACUUGUUGAAGUUGAAGUUCUCUUACUGUAUCAGUGAAAUACAUAUUGUCAUGUCAGUUCUUGCCAAGAGUUUCUCAUCACCAAUGGAAUUAUUUUUUUCAGUAUUUCAAUAAAUAUUGAUAUGCCCGUGCUGA